AUGUCUCCAGUAAUUGCGAUUAGUUCACGUGCUGUUAAUGACACGACUGCAAGCUUUGACGAGUUUAUCAAAACUGUGUCUUUCCGUGAUGGCUGGGAUGCUUUCUUUAGUCUCUGGAUAGUAUGGGCUAUUACGUGGUUGUUGCGACUCUAUUUCUCACACUCAACCAAAGAUGAUAAAGAUGACAACAAAGACGGUAAUGAAGCGUCUACCGGCAAACGUUUUCAUGUGGGAAAGAGAAUUAAAAGAGUCCACAAAAAAAUUACUCAAAUGUUGUUGGGUCUGCUCUCCGCCCUGACUUUCAAUAGUUUGGCUCAUGGUUCGGGUGCUGCGGUCCAGAUUCUCAGUUGGAUAUACUUGGGACUUGGUCUAUCCUGGGCACACGCGCUAGUAUGGGCUUCGAAAAGAGGUCGUCCAAUCUACGGACUCUGUGGUGGCGUAGUUCAAACUGGCAUCUUACUUGCUAUCUUCAUUCUCGCUAUAAUUUGUCGAAAAAGUGUUUGA